AAUCUCAUUGAUAUCAAACACAACACAUACAAUAACUUGGCUCCAUGUGACAUUCAAUAUGAAUUCAAGAGCUGUAUUGAUCGCAAACCCACCCUCGUGGCUGUCAGUCCAAUAGGAAUGACGGCCAUUCCGUGACCUUAGCUCCAGUCUAUUCCCGUUAAAACACAAGCAACGCACCCUAUGUUGUCGCCGUGAAAUCUGCCUCUGGAUCCCAUCGCUCUUUAUGUUACGGUUAGCCCGUUACGCCCAGCCCGGGAGCCUGAUCUGCUCGGGCGGGGUCCUGCAAUGGAUGGAGGACCGCGAAGAGCAAGGUAUCUCCCAGCCCGUUCACGGAUUCGACCAACCUGAGGCUUACCCGGACCUGUCACCCGCAUACGAACAUCGCUCAGAUUUGACCUGGCGUCAACGCCUAGGUUUGAUGUGGCGCCUGGACGAGUAUGGUCAAGUCAGUCCCGAGCUUGAACUGGUCCUAUCCUCUACCGUGGCCGUCAGUCUGGUCUCAGGCACGGUGGGCGGGGUCUUCAAGGGCAUUGACGCCUUCAAGGAGUUCCGUUUGCGUAACCAACACGAAAUGUUUCGAUCGCCGUUUGAGGCCCAGCAACAGAUGCAGGAUAGGGUGGUCUUGACGCAGAUGCGUUGGUUCAUGCGCUACGCCCUCAAGUUUGGGGCCAUGACCUUGGCUUUCACGGCUAUCUCGCUCUCAUUGACGGCCAUGCGAAACCGGAUCAACCCGUUAGAUCAUGCCUUGGCGGGUGGUUUGGUGGGAGCGGCUUGCGUUUUUAUGGAGGGGCCCCGAGCCAUGGUGGGGAUGGGGCUGAGCGGGGUCAUGUUGGGACUGAUGGCGGGUAUCAGCUUGUCGGCCAUCCAUUGGCUCACUGGGGAAACGGUGAGUGACCGAUGGCUCCGAAGACAUCAGGAACGCCUACGCGAACGGGCUGAACUGAACAAGGAGAGUGAUGAGUCGAUUGAGUUUUUGUUGAGUGGUCGCAAAGUCGACAAACCGAGCCUAAGUGACAUGGAAGAUAGUGCAGAGCGUGAUUUGACCUAUGUCGAGCGAACUGUGAACAAGUUGAAGGAGUUUUUCAAUAUGUAACGGUACCUAUGUUGUUGAAAGUACUUUCUCUUAAUAGUAAUGAGAAAAAGCUA